AUGCAGCAGCUCGAUCAAAAGGACAAAGCCAUGGCCCGCGAGGAACACUGUGCCAAGAGCCACUCGCAAGCAAACAGCAGCUCCAGCAACAAGGAGGAGGAACAGGCACACAAGAGCAUGAGCGUCAGCUCGCCCGAGAGCUCCUCAGCGGGGACGAAUUCAGGCAAGAGCUGCGACAGCAGUAGCCGCAAGAACAGCAGCAGCAGCGCCGCCACCGCGGGCGGCGUCCGGCAGUACGUGCGAUCCAAAAUGCCGCGCCUCCGAUGGACGCCGGACCUCCACCACUGCUUCGUCAAUGCCGUGGAGCGGCUGGGCGGCCAGGACCGAGCCACUCCCAAGCUGGUUCUACAGCUCAUGGAUGUCAAAGGAUUGACAAUUGCGCAUGUCAAGAGCCAUUUGCAGAUGUAUCGGAGCAUGAAGAAUGAUGAGAAUCACGGCCAAGCGAGUUCCGAGGCAGGCCAGGAUCAUCUGGCGUUGAUUGACGAUCGGAGCUCCCUCGUCGGCACCGCCUUUGCAUCUUCUCUACAGCAACACCUUGAUCUUGGACACCAUCACCCACACGAAAGCUUUGCAGCCUUCCAGCAACAGGAACAGCAGCAGCAGCACUUCUUCUGCCGUCCUGUGCUUCAGCCACUCGCGAGGUAUUUCAAUCUCACUGGGAUACCACCCAAGUCUGACGAGUGA